AAAAUGUUUAGUUGUUUAUUUUUUGGGAGACUGCAACCGACUACUGGCAUUUCCAUUCAUCUCAGUAAGGAAAGAUGAUUUGAGAUUCGAGUGGUUCGAGUUACGAGUGGGCUCGGCAAAGACAGACAGCCAAGUUGUUUGUUUUGUGAGAAAGUGACAAAUUAUAAUUCAUAUGUUUAACAGGCUUAUUUACAAUGAUGGCGAACGGGAAUUCGUUCCUACUUUGUCGAUCCUUUUCUUGAUCCUUGUCGUCCUUGUGUAGUUCAAUUUUGAUUUACUGUUUGCAGUUUGAGGGAAACUUGCUGCUCGUGUUGUACGUUCUUAACAGUCUUUCAAGGGUCAAUUGAGCGACAUGUUUCCUGCCUUCGCUGACCCAUGUGUCCGCUACACGUUCUAUAUUUAGCGGUCAUAUGUCGAGGUGGUCGACUGGAGCGAGGACGCGCACGGGCACGCCCUCUGUCUGAAUGGAGCGCGCCGCGCGUAAAGUCCGACCUGCAGCCCAGCGCAACUUCCAGUGGGUUCUCUCGCACACAUUUCGGCGAUUUAUAUGCAGCCAUGACGCGGGAGGACGACCUCAUCCGCAUGGCCAAGAAGCUGGAAAAGAUGGUGGCUCGAAAUAACACGGAAGGCGCCAUGGGCCUGCUGAAGGAGCUCAAAAGUUUCAAUAUGACCCUUCAACUCCUCCAGGAAACAAGGAUCGGCAUGUCUGUGAAUAGCAUCAGGAAACACUGCACAGACGAAGAGGUCAUCGCUUUGGCAAAAGUCCUCAUUAAGGAAUGGAAAAGACUUUUGGACUCGAGCCACCCUCACAUGGAGAAAGCGGAAGAAGAGAAGAACGGUUUGGACUCCAGCAAAGCAGCAGUGUCUCCAAACAGCUCACCCAGGAGAUUGGACGUCAAACAGAGACAUGAUUCAGUACCUGAUGCAAAUCAGUCCAUUAAAGACAGGAAAGAAAAACAUACUGCUCAGCCCAAAAAUAAAAAAGGGCCCAGAGGCGAGCGUGUGGAUGAAAAGCACCUGCAUAAGAAACAUCUAAAAGAAAUAGUUAAAGAAGAAGGUAAAAAGCCAAGAGAAGAAGAAAACAACCAGCUUGAGAAAAGACAGAAGCACGUACAAGAUCACCUAAAGGAGAUAAGAGAGUGCGAGGUGCCCAAAAAGUUCAACGACUUGAAACCCAAAGAGGAGAGCAGACCUGAGUGGCUGAUGAACACGGUACCAGACGAACCUGUGAGGGACACCUACAGGGAGAAGCCUGCAGGUGUCCAAAAGCCGUUUUUUGAAAGGAGAGGAGUUCUGGACAGCAGCGUUCUAUAUCCCACCCGCUUCCCCUCACCUCCUCGACCUGCGCGUCGUCCUCCUCUCCCCAUCAAGCGCCCGUCCGCGGACGUGAAACGAGAGAGGAAGGAUGGUAAAGACUCUGCGCUUGGACGCUCUCGCGCUUCAGGCCUUACCUCCCCCAAGGCUAAGCGCCCUUCACUGGACUCUAAGAAAGAGAGGAAAGUUCCUAAAGACCCAAACGCCGCGUGGGCUCCGAUUCCUUUUCACGUUCAUCCUCCGCCACCAAGAAAUGAGCCCCCAGAUCCAAAUGCUCCUCUGCCGCCACUGCCUCUUCAUCUUCACCCCCCACCUGCUCCAAAGCGACCCUCGCUGGAUGGGAAAAAGGAGAGGAAGGACUCCUCAGACUCUAAAAUAGCCUCCCAGAAGAAAUUAGACCAUGUGAAAAGAGACAGGAAAGACAGUUUGGAUAGCAAAGUGGCUAAAAAACAGUCAGUGGAGGCCAAGAAAGAAAGGAAGAACUCUCUUGACUCUAUAUUGAGCCAGCCAGUGAAACACCAUUCAACUGACACUAAAGCCGACAGGCGCGACUCUGACUCCAAGCAGAACAGUUCACCUCCUGCAAAGAAGCUAACAUCUGAAAGGCGAGAGUCUCGUGGCUCAAAGGCCUCUCAGCCUGGACCUCCACAAAGGAAGCCAUCCACUGACCACAAUGGAAGAAAGGGCAAAACCGAAGCCCCUAAAACUCCAACCACGCCCACCAGCCCCACGUCACCUGGUUUCACACCCGCCGGAGGUCCGUUACCGCCUCACCUGACUACCGGAGACUCCGUCCGAGACAAAUGCAUCGAGAUGCUUACUGUUGCCCUGCGCACAGACAAUGACUACAAAGACUUUGGAACUAACUGUGACAGCAUGGCAGCAGAGAUUGAAGAUCAUAUCUACCAGGAGACCAAGGCCACCGACAUGAAAUAUAAGAACAGAGUGAGGAGCCGCAUCAGUAACUUAAAGGACCCAAAGAACCCUGGCCUGCGCAGGAACGUUCUCGCAGGAAGCAUCGAUUUGAACCGCAUUGCCACGAUGAGCGCUGAGGAAAUGGCGAGCGACGAGCUAAAACAAUUGAGGAACGUCCUCACUCAGGAGGCCAUCAGAGAGCACCAGAUGGCCAAAACUGGGGGCACCACCACCGACCUGCUACAGUGCGGCAAGUGCAAAAAGAAGAACUGCACCUACAAUCAGGUGCAGACACGCAGUGCUGACGAGCCCAUGACCACAUUUGUCCUGUGCAACGAGUGUGGAAACCGCUGGAAGUUCUGCUGAUGCCUUGCUGGUGAAACCAACUAUUAUUAUUAUUAUAAUUAUUUGUUUCAAUAACGGGAGAUUUAUAAAUGUAGUUGGUGAUUUUAAACAUUUUGUAUUUCUACAAUUGUCCAUUGAAUUUUUUUUUUAAAGCAUGCUAAUAAUGAACGUUUAUGUGAAGACUGAGCAUGAACAAAGAUGACUCAGUCAGUAAGUAUUAUGAGAGCACACAAUGUGAAUAAAAUAUUAUCUAUCUACAAUUAG